AUGGUUUUUACAGAUGCGGAUAUGGCAGGUGAUCUCGAUCACAGGAAGUCUACCUCAAGUUGGUUGUUCACUUUUGCAUGGGGAGUAGUAUCUUGGCAGUCUAGGUUGCAGAAGCGUGUUGCUUUAUCUACAACAGAGGAAGAAUAUAUUGCAUCUGCAGAAGCCUGUAAAGAAAUGAUUUGGAUAAAACACAUUGAUGUGAGAUAUCAUUGGCUUAGAGAAGCUGUUGAGAAAGAGGAACUGAUGUUACAGAAGAUUCACACAGAUGAAAAACCAGCAGGUUUUAACGAAUACCGUUUUCAGAUAGAAGACCGAAGAGAGAAAGCUUCAAAGGAAAAAGAAGCCGGAAAAGAACCCACCAACUCGUGCAAUGGCGAAAUCAAAACCCAAGCAUCUCUCCUACAUCUCCGUCCCCUCCCCGAUCAUCCCACUCCACAACCUCCUCAUCUCCCCCAAGAAGUCAUCGCGUCCGUCACCGCCUCUUCCGAUCACCGAAGCUCUACCUCCCUCCUCAUCCUCUCUUCCUCUACGGCUCUUGAUCAUCGAGCUCAAGCUCGACCCCGUCCGCUUCUCCCCGAUCCCUGCUCAAAACCCCAAAUUUCGUCGUCGUCUGCGGUAACGCUACCGGUCGCCGGGCUCGAAGAAGAACCGGAGGGGGAGUUUUGGAGGCAGCCAGAGGGGUACGGUUACCGACCGUGCUUGGGUUUCAGCGCGGUGUAUCGACAAGCGAGCAAAGGGAUGAUGGGGGAUCGGAGGAAGUAUUUGAUGGUGGUGGUGUCGGGAGGGAUGAAUCAGCAGAGGAAUCAGAUUGUUGACGCGGUGGUGAUCGCGAGGAUCUUGGGGGCUGCGCUCGUGGUGCCGAUCCUGCAAGUGAAUGUGAUUUGGGGAGAUGAGAGUGAGUUCUCUGAUAUAUUUGACUUGGAACAUUUCAAAAGGGUGCUUGCUGAUGACGUUAGAGUAGUAUCUUCUCUGCCUUCAACCCAUCUGAUGUCAAGGCCAGUGGAGGAGAAGAGAACACCUCUCCAUGUAUCUCCUCGUUGGAUUCGCUCUAAAUACUUGAAGAGGCUUAACAAGGAAGGAGUUCUACUUCUUCGAGGUUUGGACUCCAGGCUCUCAAAGGACCUCCCUCUGGAUCUGCAGAAGCUCAGAUGCAAGGUUGCUUUCCAAGCUUUGAAGUUUGCAGCCCCCAUACAAGAAUUGGGAGAAAAGUUUGCAAUGAGGAUGCGAAGCAAGGGCCCAUACCUUGCGCUACAUUUGAGAAUGGAGAAGGAUGUCUGGGUUAGAACAGGUUGUCUCCCUGGGCUUAGCCAUGAGUACGACGUAAUCAUCCAUGAAGAGAGGAAGCUCAAACCAGAGCUCCUAACAGCUAGAUCCAACAUGACCUAUCAUGAACGCAAGCUUGCUGGACUCUGCCCAUUGAAUGCAGUGGAAGUCACUAGGCUGCUAAAAGCUCUGGAAGCCCCUAAAGAUGCAAGGAUAUACUGGGCCGGUGGAGAACCAUUUGGUGGCCCAGCUGCACUUCAGCCACUAACCAUGGAGUUCCCCAACUUCUACAACAAAGAGAAUCUGUCAUUGCCGGGAGAAUUGGAACCAUUUGCCAAAAAAGCUUCUUCUCUAGCUGCAAUAGAUUACAUAGUCUGUGAGAAAAGCAACGUAUUCAUGCCUUCUCAUGGAGGGAACAUGGGUCAUAUGAUUCAAGGUCACCGAGCAUUUGGAGGUCACAAGAAGUUCAUAACUCCUAACAAGAGGCAGAUGCUGCCCUAUUUUCUUGAUGACUCUCUUCCAGAAUCUGAGUUCAAUAGAAUCGUGAAGGAGUUGCAUCAGGGUUCUCUAGGACAGCCGGAGAUCAGAAAGGUUGGAAGGGACGUCACUGCUUACCCUGUUCCUGAAUGCAUGUGCAAUUCUACUGACACCAUAUCAGCAGUAUAAAGGAUUGACCUGAACAAUGUGGGAUUUGUUUUAUGAAGCGGGGUGAUCGAAUUGGAUCACUCACCAGAGGCUCUCAAGCUUAGAAAGAGUAUGAAAUUAUGAUUGUGAAGCUGCUCCUGGGCCGCUGGCAGCUGAAAUUUUGAGCUUCCGAGUGGUAGCUAUGAAUAUAUGCGGAGACAUUCAAUGAAGGGCCAACACGAUCACAUAUGAACGGUGGAACUGUUGCAUAUACCCGAGAUUCCUACUAUUUCUUAUACUUGCAUUGUUGUAUCUAAUUCUUUUUAACUUUCCUACAUAGGAUUAUUCUUUUGAACAGAUUCCUUGUAUCUGUAUGAUAUGUGUAUCCCACACUACGAAUGUAUAUAAUAUACUUCAUUUUUGAAUGUAAGAUGAGACAUUAUUGAUGCAGUUUA